AAUGGCAAACAUCUGAACUCCUACUUAGAUCUAUGUCUUAUUUAACUUUUACUGAACCUUCACAAUAUCCUACAAAAGUAAAUUUUUUGACACUCCCUGUUCUUGUUUUAACAGAGGAGAUCCUGCAGACCCACAUUGCCCACUGGUGGUCUCCAGACGGACUGCGUUUGGCCUACAUGACCAUCAAUGAUACGCUGGUGCCAGAAAUGGAGGUUCCAUAUUUCACUGGUACACCAUAUCCUGGAAGCCAGGUCUAUCGUUACCCAAAGGCCGGAGAGGAGAACCCUGUGGUCCAUCUGUCUGUGGUGGGCCUCCACGGUCUCCUGCACACAGUGGUGAUGAGGAAACCUGAUGAUCCUCGGAUAGGGAGGGAAUAUUAUAUCACUAUGGUGAAAUGGGCUACCAAUACAAAACUGGCUGUUAACUGGCUAAACAGAGCCCAGAACAACUCGAUCCUCACACUGUGUGAAGUCACCACUGGAGUCUGCAUUAAGAAACAUGAAGAUGAGAGUGAAAGCUGGCUUCAUCGGCAGAAUGAACCUCCACUGUUUUCUAAAGAUGGACACAAGUUUUUCUUUACUAGGGCGAUCCCUCAGGGGGGUAGAGGGAAGUUUUUCCACAUCUCUAUGUCCACCACACUGCCCAACACCAGCACAGACAUCCUUCAGUCUCUGACAUCUGGAGACUGGGACGUCACCAGCAUCUUGGCGUACAGUCAUGAGAAGAACCUUAUAUACUUUCUGAGCACAGAAGACGACCCAAAGAGACGGCAUUUGUACAGCGCUGACACAAUCGCUCCGUUCAACCGCUGCUGCCUCUCCUGUGACUUCAAGUGUGGUUUUGUGGAUGUUUCAUUCAGCCACAACAUGGAAUACUUCUUGCUCAGCUGCAAAGGUCCAGAUAUACCAAGUGUGGCAGUUUAUAGAACAGGAGACAAACAAAAAGUGUUCGAUGUGGAGACAAAUAAGAGAGUAAACUACACAUAUAACAACAUGCAGAUGCCCAAAGUGGAGAACAAAACCAUCACCAUAGAGGAUUACACUCUGACCAUGCAGAUUUUGAAGCCAGCAGGAUUUGUAGAAACAGACAAAUACCCACUGUUGCUGAUAGUAGACGGCACACCUGGUGGGCAGAUGGUGACGGAGCAGUUCUGGGUGGACUGGGCCUAUGUUCUCGUCAGCAGUUACAGCACAAUCGUUAUCCGCUUUGACGGCCACGGUAGCGGCUUCCAGGGAACCAACCUGCUCCAUAAGGUCCACAGGAAGCUGGGGAAGCUGGAGGAGAGGGACCAGCUGCAGGCACUCAGGUUCAUAUCAAAAGAAGGGUACAUUGAUAAGGAUCGAAUGGGAGUUUAUGGGAAGGCCUACGGGGGAUACUUAGCCACAAUGCUAUUGAGCUCUGAAGAGUUUACUCAGCUGAAAUGUGGAGCAGCCGUCUCGCCUAUAACAGAUUUUGAGCUUUAUGCAUCUGCAUUUUCAGAGAGAUACCUUGGACCGAAGAGGGACUCCCGAGUUUAUAUGACGGCAAAUUUAUCUCAGAGGGCGGGUCGUCUGCUGGAGAAACAGUACUUAAUAAUUCACCCGACAGCUGAUGAAAAGGUUCACUUCCAGCACACAGCCAAAUUUAUCAACCAUUUAAUCAGCGAGAAGGCCAAUUACACUCUACAGAUUUACCCGGAUGAGGGCCACUUCCUGCACAGCGAGGGCACACAGCAGCACCUGAGUCAAUCCCUCCUCAACUUUUUUGAGGAAUGUUUCCGGAAGCCGGAGGCACCCAAGGACGAUGAGUCGGAUGAGCCAGAGGAAAACAGUUAAACCCAGGCAACCCUGGCCUGCUCCUGUAUCACAGCACAAUAUGCAACAAAUCUUUCCAACCUAAAGUCUACACCACCUGCCGUCCAAUCUGAUUUUAGCUCUAAUCUGAAGCACCUGCAUGUGUGAUCCCUGCAGUUCGACUCACACUGGCUGCUGUUGAGAAAACCAGUCAGACAGAGGCUGAAUAAAACUCAGAUAAGAACAGAUAUAUCUCCAACUAGCUGGACCAGUGCGCCCUCUGGUGGACAGACAGAGGAUCCUCCAAACCCUAUCAGGCAGGCUAAGCAAGUUCUUUGCAGGUUAUUCCCAUGAAGAGAAGAGAAAUCAUUUUUUUUAAUGCUGCCAGUUUGUGAUAACCUUGCCAAUUAACUUGAUUAUUGUGUUCUUGGUUUAAUCAGAGUUGUUUUUUCCAAAUUCUCUGUUUAAUGUCUUACUGUGUGUCAGUGAAAGCAUCAGUCCAUAGUGGCUUUAGAAGUUGAAGGCACAAUGUAACGCUCAAAGAUUGUAUAAAUAAUGAGGUUUUAAUAGUUUCUUUGUGCCCACUUUUCUUUAUAUAGCUCUUGUUUUAGUCACUGUGCCUUACUGUGGGGGGAUGUUCACGUUAGGAGCCCACACCACACUAUAAAACAAGCAACAUGGUCCGAACAGAGCAACAAAGACAUUUAUGAUUUAGAACAAAGUAUUUGUUGUAUUUUUUUCCUCGCAGCACAUUGGACAGAGCUUCAUAUAAAAUAAACAGACAUCAUCUUAUAUUACCUACCAACACAUGUAACCAUUAGUUAGUUUGCAGUUUCCUGAUAUUUAAAGUCAUUUUAUUAUUUGAACAAUUGUUUGCUGAUGUCCUAAAGAGCCUUUCCUCACUGUGUCAUUUCUGUUUGUACCGUGCGUGGAUUCCAGUCAGCUGCUGUAAAAAGUGUAUAAACCUGACAUGAGGUCUCUAUGUUGUAUGUGCAACUUGUACAUAAAGCAUUUUGAAAUGUA